AUGGAAGAAGGAAAUUUUACAGAUCUAGAGACCAUCGUCGAGGCCGAUGAAACAGCUACUUGGGAAGCCGGUCGUAGGGCGUGGUCCAUCGUCCUGACCUUGGCUUUUGUCAGUCUAAUCGUGGCCCUCGACGCGACCAUUCUCGUCACAGCUCUUCCAACCAUAUCAGCGGACUUGAACGGCAGCGGAAGUGCAUCCUUCUGGGUAGGCACAUCAUACCUCCUUGCGAGCAGUGUCUUGAUGCCGUUCAUGGGGUCACUAUCCGACAUACUAGGACGCCGAGAGAUUCUGACUGCCGCCCUUCUUUUCUUUACUGUGGGCAGCACCGUAGCAGGUGUUGCUCAGAGCAUGGAUAUCCUCCUACUCGGUCGUGUCUUGCAAGGUGUAGGUGGCGCCGGGAUUUUACCCAUGACCCAAAUAGUUCUUUGCGACAUUGUACCUCUUCGAUUCCGCCCUAAAUAUGCGUCGGUUGCACAGUUAGCAUGGGCUAUAGGAUCAAUAACUGGUCCACUAAUUGGUGGUCUCAUGGUCCAGCACGUUACCUGGAGGUGGAUCUUCUACUUGAACCUACCCUUCUGCGGAAUCAGCAUGGUUAUCGUUCCCUUUAUUAUCCGACUGAGAACGAAACAGUCCUCUAUCUUGGCAAAAUUGGCACGCAUUGACUGGAUUGGAGGAUCUUUGUUUAUCGGUAGUAUGACAUCGUUCCUAAUGGCUGUUACCUGGGGUGGUGUCGACCAUGCAUGGGAUAGUGCAGCAACUUUGGCCCCUUUGCUCAUUGGAAUUGUGGGAACGGUUGUGUCUAUUCUGUGGGAGAAAUGGGGUGCUCGGGAGCCGUUCAUUCGGCUUGCAAUCUUCUCUAAUAGAUCUGCUCUUGCCGGCUAUUAUUGCGCCAUGACACAGGGACUAGUAGUAAGAAUCCUAUCCUUCACCAAGUUUGGAUGUGAGAGCCUAAUACUAACCUCCCAAUGCUUCCAGCUUUUCAUUCAGCUGUACUACGUUUCGUUAUAUUUCACCUCGGUCAAAGCAUUCUCGCCGGUCCAUACAGGUGUCUCUGUUAUCCCUGUGAGCAGCGUCCUCGUUCCAACCGGAAUCAUCGUAUCGUUGCUCAUCUCCCGUACCGGCCGCAUCCGAUGGGCCCUAUGGUCUGGCUGGAUAUUUGAGGUCCUCGCAUCAGGUCUAUUAAUACUGAUGGAUGGUUCAAUCACAACGUGGCGCUGGGUUCUGAUUUUAAUGACUGUUGGUCUUGGACAUGGCUUGCUCCUACAAGCGCUCACAUUUGUGCCUCAGACCAUGGCCAAAGACACAGAUGAGUCAUACGCUGCGACAAUGUACAACUUUUCUCGUACAUUUGGAAUGGCAUUCGGAGUUGCAAUUGGCGGUACGAUGUUCCAGAACCGAUUGAAGCAACAUUUGAUAUCAGCGGGCCUCGAUGCCACCAUUGCCAGCAACGCAGAUCAGUAUGUCGCUGUGCUAAACACAAUGACGGAUCAAUCGCUGAGAGAUGGUAUCUUGGCAGCUUAUGCGGCUAGCUUUAAAAAUGUUUUUGAGCUCAGUCUUGCGCUCACAGUCUUGGGUGCUCUUGUUUCUUUGCUGAUUCGCAAAUCAGUUUUUGAUCGCAAGCACGUUACGGAGCAUGUACUCGAGGAAAAACAUACAAGCAGUUCCAAGGGUAGUUCGAGUGGUGAUGAGUCUGUCUGA